AAAAUGAAAUUAGAAUUUUGCGCCUAUUUCUAAUGACAAUUUGGAUGUGUUUCAGUAUAUAUUUCUAUAAUAAAUAAUAUAUAAUAAAAAAUAAAAUAAUAAUUUUUCCUGCAAUUAAUACAUGCUGACCAUAGAUUACAGACAAGCAAAAGCAAACGUCAAAAUCUGUCAAGCAAGUGUCAACUGUGUCAACGCUACGAUAUAGCUACGAUGGACGCGAAUUGUCAAACAUUUCAUUAAAUCUGUUUGUUGAAUGCAAAAUUAUCGAAAAAUACAAACAAUUGUGGCCUAAACGGCCUGAAAUUACGCGUUUCGUAAUAACUGUUUGUACCGUCAAAAUGUCUCAAUUACCAGACGAUAUUGGAGAUAUGACCAUGGCUACGGCGGAGCCAGAUUCUUCACAAACUCACGGGCAUGACGCAACAUCAAGUGCCAAUAGCGAGGACACAGCCGCUGGCAGUGCUGCAACCCCCGCUGGCAGCGAGGGCCAAGCGUCCCGCCAGUCCAACCUGCAGCGGAUACAGCAGCGCAAGCAGCAGGUGUACAACUGGCCGCAUAACAAGAAGUUAUUGAAGCUUGCCAUUUACUCGGCUUGUCAGACCCCGGACUGCAACUGCACGGGCUGGAAGACGCCGAUGCCGCAGCAGGCCAUCAAAGCCAACGCGCGCGCCGACAACCAACCUUUGGCCACCUUCAACGACCCUUGCCGCAACUGCAACCAUAUUUUAGAAAAACAUGUGACCCAACUGCAAGGUCUUCAAGUAUCGGAAGUAAACCGUCUUCUCGGGGCAGUCGUUGACGUGGAGAACAUCUUCAUGUCCAUGCAUCGCGAGGACGAUCAUGAUACCAAGCGAGUUUAUUAUUAUCUGUUCAAACUCCUCCGGAAAUGCAUCCUCUCCCGCUCCAAGCCCACCAUCGAGGGCCCCCUCGGCCAGCCGCCCUUCGAGCGGCCCUCCAUCGCCAAGGCCAUCACCAACUUCGUGCUCUACAAGUUCAACACGCUGCCCCAGAGGGAGUGGCAGACUAUGUACGACUUAGCCAAGAUGUUUCUGCACUGUUUCAAUCAUUGGAACUUUGAAACGCCCAGUGUCAGGAAAUUGCAAGUUUCCAAUCCAGAAGACAUAUCAGCAUAUCAAAUUAAUUACACAAGAUGGCUGGUGUUCUGCCACGUGCCAGCCUUCUGCGACUCGCUGCCGCACUACGAGACGUCGCUGGUGUUCGGGCGCACGCUGCUGCGCGCCGUGUUCAAGUCCGUGUGCCGCCAGCUCAUGGACAAGUGCCACUCCGAGCGCGACCGCAUGCCGCCGGAGAAGCGGGUGCUGGUAUUGACUCACUUCCCACGCUUCUUAGCUCUGCUAGAAGAAGAGAUAUUCAGCGCCAACUCUCCCAUCUGGGAUCCUGAGUACAAACAGGUGCCACCCAACCACCUUCAGGCUAUUCUGGACAAUAAGACCACGCCGCGGCGGGGUGAAUUCGAGCGGGUGACGACCAGCGGCGACAGUAAGGACGGGUUCACCACCGUGUCGCUUUCUUCUGGUUCAAUAAAACAAGAGUCACUCAAGCGCGCUGCCGAAUCCCGAGGCGAAGCUGCCUCCGCCGCCGGCGGUAAACGACGACGUGUCGUGGAAGACAGCGCCGAUGACGUCAGCGAGCGCUGCGUGGCCGACAUCGUGGCCACCAUCACCGACCCCGCCUACAUGUGCGGGCCCGACGCAUUGUUUCAAAUGCAAGCGCCGCGCGAUGAAGCCGCCAAAGUGGAGGAACAGCGGAAGAUGAUAGAGUUCCAUGUCAUCGGGAACUCUCUCACGGGACCCGUUAACAAGCAAACCAUGUUGUGGCUUAUAGGUCUUCAUAAUGUUUUCUCUCAUCAGUUACCCGAAAUGACCAAAGAAUAUAUUUCACAACUAGUAUUUGACCCAAAACACAAAACAUUAGCUUUAAUCAAGGAAGGAAGACCAAUUGGAGGGAUAUGCUUCAGGACUUUCCACUCACAGGGCUUCAGCGAGGUGGUGUUCUGCGCGGUGACCUCCAACGAGCAGGUGAAAGGCUACGGAACACAUCUGAUGAACCACCUCAAGGACUAUCACAUACGGAAUAACAUCCUGCACUUCCUGUCGUUCGCUGACGAGUUCGCCAUUGGUUACUUCAAGAAGCAAGGCUUCAGCAAGGACAUCCGGCUGCCGCGCGCCAUGUACCAGGGCUACAUAAAGGACUACGAGGGAGCCACGCUCAUGCACUGCGAGCUCAACCCCAGGAUAGUCUACACGCAGUUCACGUCGGUCAUACGCCGGCAGAAAGAGAUCGUUAAGAAAUUGAUAGAUAUGAGGCAGAAAGAAGUUAGAAAAAUUCAUCCCGGACUUACGUGUUUUAAAGAGGGUGUCCGCAGCAUACCCGUGGAGUGCAUCCCCGGGCUGCGCGAGACGGGCUGGCGGCCGGCGCGCGCGCAGCCCGCCGACGCGGCCGCCGACGACGUGCCCGCGCUGCGCGCCGUGCUGCACGCGGUAAAGAACCACGCAGCCGCUUGGCCGUUCUUGAAGCCGGUGGACAAAGCGGAGGUCCCCGACUAUUACGACCACAUCAAAUAUCCGAUGGAUCUACGCACGAUGGGCGAGCGUGUGAAGGCACGGUACUACGUCUCUAAGAGGCUUUUCAUCGCCGACAUGACGCGAAUUUUCACCAACUGCCGCACAUACAACUCGCCCGAGACAGAUUAUUACAAGUGCGCAAACACGCUGGAGAAGUACUUCCAAACGAAGAUGAAGGAGGCCGGGCUGUGGGACAAAUGAUCGGAGUUCAGCUUCGACGCCUUCUUCCUGCGGGAACUGCACGCGCUCGCCCCCGCCGCCCCCGCCGCCGCCGCCGGGGCCACCCCCGGCCUCCCACGGUCCUAAUACUAGUACAUAUUAACCGUUGCUUUUGUUUUGUUUCGUUCGAUUUUUAAACGAAACAAAUUUCAAUUAUAUGUCCUAAUACCAUUGAUUCGAAGGUGAUCGUCGGUUUUCGUAAGCGUUGGGCGUCCCUCGUCAAAUUAAACGUAUAUACGUGAUAUAUUUAGGAAAUUAAUCGUUAUAAUUGCUAGAAAUAGAAUAUGACGGUUAAAGUUAAAACAGAAUCACGAAAUAUAACGGGAUUAUGAGAAAUCCUGCAAUAAAAAUUUGAACAUGACAAGAAAAACUAUUAUACACAAGCGUAUACUACUCAUACUAUUCAAGAAAGUUAUCAUCUUUUUAAACGAAAAUAGACAAAUUCUGCCAUUUAAAUGAAACUAAAAUCGUAUCCUCAUACAAUAAAAUGUUAUAGAGUCAGACCAAGCUAAGUUGGCAGCGAUUUUGUUAGCCCAGUCUGUGAAAGUUAAGUAAACUGAGCAUAGAAGUUAGAAAAUAACACUUGCACUGUCUGCACUGUCAAAAUCGCUGCUAACUUACCUUGGUCCGACUCUAUUUUGAUCUUGUUCGGAAGUUCAUUAUUACUUCUAAAGAGAGUGGAGAGAUUGAUAACUGACCAUUUUACACUUUCGACGAAAUAUUUUGUAUGUUAGACCGCUAG